UUUUCCGGUUGCAAAGUUUCGGGGUAUGGAGAUUCCAGAGUUAUAAAGAAGUUGGUCGCAUUUCUUGGCUGAAGUUUUUGGAGUUCGGCUCUGCUGUGUUUGAGCACAUGUGGCAUGUAGUACAAUCCAGAAAUGAAGGGUGCAGGAGCAGAUUUUGAGGAGAGUGGUAGUGGAGCAAGGAACAGUUCUGAGAAUGUCCAGCCUCAGAAGCCUGACUCAGGUGCAGGUGAAAAUCCUGCAGGCAGUGCCCAUUUUGAAUGUCAAACCAACAAGCUUAGCCUGCCUAAUAAUAAGUCAGAGAAAAUCAGUGAUGAAGAAAUCGUUAUUGGAGAGCCGUCAUCAAUGGGGGGAGAUGAUCGUAACAAGCUGUUUGAGAGAGGGCUGUUAUAUGAACAGAAUGGAAAGUCGGAUGCAGCUCUGAAGUGUUACUUGGGCUGUUUGUCAGGAUUAACCCAGACUACGACAUUUCCACUCUUACCUCAGUGUCUACGUCACGUUGCUGACAUUUACUACAAGAAAGAGGACUUCCAGAGGGCCAUUCAGUUCAUUCAAGCCGAGAAGCUUUUCUAUGAAAAUGCACUUAUAGACAUAUCAGAGUUGCAAAAGCAGAUAAGCCAGCAGGGUCCUGCCAGUAGCUGUAAUGGUGGAGGAGAUAGCCAAAAUAUGGAGGGUGCGAGAGCAGAAGAGUACGAACAGCUGGCCAGGCUGUGUCUGGAGAGGAAACAACCCCACUUGGCUUUAGAAUAUGCCGGGAAGGCCACAAAGAUAAGACAGGGUCUCUAUGGUGACAAUCAUCCCGGGACUUUACAAAGUCUGGAUUUCUUUGCAUCUGUGUAUGCAGAGGUCGGAAAACAGCAAUAUUCAGAAUCGCUGGGUCAGCUGUCCUCAGUAGAGACUGAAGCAGCCUCGCAUCCGCCUCCUGCUGGGCAGGGCAAAACAGAAACAGGGGAGGCAACUCCCACAUCCAUUCUGAGAAACAGAAAGCGAGAGCAGAAUGGCAUGAGAAGGAAAUCUGUCAGGUUUAGAGAUCAUAACGAAAGCUUUGAGAGCACAGACAGUGAUCACGACCAGCAAGAGCAUGAGGAGAGGGUAUCCAACAAGCUGCUGGUGACACUGUUCCUGAUCUGUUCCAUACUGCUCUCCGUGCUAGGGGUGUUGUUGUACUGCCGGAUCUUCAUGGAGAAUUCAGGGUCCUGUCUGACAGUCAAGUCCUAUGUGCACUUUGCCUACAUGAAGCUCAAAUAUUAUUAUUAUUAUUACUCCUCCACUAAACUGCUCAAAUAUGCCUGAUACACAUAUGCUCGUUUUAUUAUGCAUACUGUACUGUUGAUGAAAGGUGUGUUAUGGGAGAUUUUCAUGUCCAAAAUUUGGAUAACUGCUGAAAAUUUGUACGGAUGGGUUCCGAUUUGUGGAUUAGUCAUUUUUUAAUUGAGAUCAGAUUCGUCUCCUGUUGCGAUGUUUUUGAACCAUUUUUGAAUAGUUUGAUGGGUUUAUGCUAAACAUUGUACACUUGUGUACACACCUGAGUAAUAUAGUACAGCUAUAAUUGGCAGCACACACCGUCAUGUUAAUAUAUAUACUAUUUACAAAAUGCACCCUAGCCAAAUUCACCUACCCUUCUUACAAAGAGCUGCAGUGAGCAUCCAUGGGAACAUAAAUUGACAGUUGUAAAGAGGCUUGAUAUAGGGUUGGAACGGCGAGUAAAAAGGGGCCUGCAAAGGCAUUGACAGGUUUUGACGAUUAUUUAUUAUUCUAACUUCACAUUUAUACAAUCGAACUUCAUGGGAAAUUUCAAUGGGAAAUUGAAAAACAUUUAGUAUACGUGAUACCAGUAUGUUAUUAGUGUAUUUAUAUGGCUUCUUUGAAAAUAUGUGGUAAAAGUGAUUUAGUUGUUUAGUAGCUUUGCUCUGAGUAAGAUUGAAUAUUAUGCUGUGUCAUAAUUGACUGUAUAAGUAUUUCUACCUCAUCAUUUGAUUAGCCAAGGCUGCCUAUAGUUGGCAAAACUGUUUUUUUUUUGUCUAAAGUCACAUAUUUUGUGAGACCUAACCCUGUGCUGAUAUAGAACGAUACCCCUUGUGGUGAAAUUCACAACAUGUAAAAGGCCUGGCCUCGGCAUCAUGAUGCAAUCUUCAAAGUAUCUCACAUGAGGCUCAAGUCCAGCUUUACCUGCGUUUUUUCAGUGAAGAAAUUUGUCAGGAAAUCUGGGAACACUUUCACAAAAUUUCAUGAAGUCAGAUUUAUUGUAACUUUUUUUUCGUAAAUUACCUUGUCUAGGUUUUAGCGACAUUGUGCUGUGGGGAUUAUGAGAAAAAUUACAAAAAAAUCCACUUGCGAAGGUUUGGGCAGCAAGAGAUCAACAUACAGAAUAUUUGUAAGAUUUUCUCUACUUCUUGGGACAACAAGGUGUUGCCAGUGUAGGUUUGCUAUGCUUUAUUCUGUGGAUCGAUUCUUCUUGAUGUUUGAUUUAUUUUGUAAGCAUAUAUAUAUCUUUCAUUUAUUUAUAAAUACAGUGUAGAUUUAUAUACAAAUUAUUAAUCAAAAUUAAUGAGCUUAAAUCAUUUAUAGACAGCUGAUCUUAUUUUUGUAUUAUGUGCAAUUUAAGCUAUUACCAAAAUAUACAGUUAAAUCAAAGGAAUAAUAUUGAAUAAUGUGGUUUUGUAUAUAUAUAUACAUAUGCAUAUAAGUAAAGAAAAAAAAGGGAAUUUGUAGUUUAAUAUCUUGUAUAUAGUCCUACCAUUAUACCAUUUGGUAAUGAUUUAAAAAAUGUUAUUGCGUUUACCUUUAUUAUUGGAUGUAGAAGUUUGAGUUAUAUUUUGUUUAUUACGAUCUCGUUAGAAUGUGUUGGAUUAUAAAGCAUACUGUAAACGUCUCCCAGUGUAUGUUGACUGUCAGUUCUUACCUGUGUUUAUUUGUUUAAUUGGUGUUUUAAUGCAUACUCAAGAAUAUUUCACUUAUGGUCAGUUCCACGUAACUUGUUCACUUAUGCCAUUUUAAAACUUGUAUCCUGUCGUAUAAAUUGUGUACUGCCUGAAAGAAAAAGGUGUGAGGUUCAAUGACCCAGGAAUGUUGGAAAAAAUAAUUUUGAAUACACGGUGCGCCCUCUAUGAGGACUGAUAUUGGGGGAACUGAUUUAAAAAAAAUUCGGUAAAAUUCAAACACCAAAUAUUGGACACUUGUGCGUAUAUUUUCAAACAUUUGUCAAUUUGUUUUUUUGUCUCUUUGGUGAAGUGUUUUGAAAGAACACAGAAAACUUGAAUCCAUUUCAGAUUAGUUUUAGAAUUUUAUGAAUCAAUUUUAAAAAGUAUUAUGUGGCACCGGUCACAGUUUGAAUGAAGUUUUUUAAUUUCCUAAAAAUAUAC